AUGGCGGAGAAGACUUCCUCGGACUUUGUGCGGCUAUCUCGCGGGUCUUUCGCCGUGUGGUGGGGUCUCAUCUUGGCUGUUCACGUGGUCACAGGCGCCUACAAUGCGUUGUACGCCUAUUGCUACCGAAAACUGCAGUACACGUUCUUGAACUUGUUCCUUGAUGCGUUGCAGAUCGGCAUGCCGCCGCAGUAUCACUCUACUAUUGCCAUUGUCCACGCUUUGAUGUCCGCUAUGCAUGCUGCGUGUGCCUUGCUAAUGGUUGGAGGCUCAUUGUGGCAGAGAUCGUUAUGUUUUACCCCGUGGUCUUCUUCAUCGAACGUGGACAGCAACACGAAGCAGGAAACCAGCCGUGGUAGAUCGGGUAUUCUACCUCGACUCUACUCUAUGAUGGUGGAUCGACGCGGUCUUUGUGGAGUUAAUGGAGUGCAUUUCCACCUGGUGGUUGCCUGUCGGGAGAUCCUCGAGACGGCGUUGCAAACCAUGCAAGCUUAUCGUAUGAGCGCUCUACUGCCGCGGAUUUUGCUCAAUCGCUUCUACGUCGUUCUACUCGCAGUAAACUGCUGGUCGUCGGUCAUAAUCUACUCGAAAAUCUUCCGCAGUAACGAGGCACGAAGGCGCUUCGCCUGCAUCGUGUUGGACUGCGCGUUGGAUCUGAUGGCGUGUAUGGGCGUCGAAUUACUGGUUGUGAUGAGCUACGCGAGCGAAUAUGACCGAGAGCUCGAGGGGUUCAACAACCUCAUAUGGUAUGACGACGAGUGGGUGGCGUGUGCUAUCAACGAGUUCAAGAUGGUGCUCGUGGUCUCCUGGUCGGAUCUCGCUAGUCGAGCCAUUUUCUCACUGGGUCUGAUCCUUGCAACCACGAACAUGAAGGAGCUCGUGGGACGCUCCCCCACUACCGUCAGAUCGACUCGGUCAAGCGCCGCUAUAGUACCAAGGCCAGUACUAACGUUAUUGCGUCGCUCAGACAGCUAUCGCGAUGCAAAGAUUCAAUCGCGGUGGGAGCGGGUCUUUUUGCGUACAGCUCACGUGUUAUUCGCUGCAUGGGGGAUUGCAGUGCUUGGGUUUCAUAUCCACGCUUCCCUACAACCAACACUAUCGCAAUGUCUGAUGCAAGUGAGGCCGUGGUUUGCGACUAGACCGUCGUGCUACCUGGCAGGCCUAGACUGCCACGUACUGGGGAUAUCUGGGGCGCUAGAGGAGGUCGAGUCGAAGUGGAGCGAAUUCGACAGUUCGACGGUGGUUCAGCUACUCAUUCGCCACUGUCCUGCCGUUGAAGUGCCUGACAUUAUCGGUAAAUUUCAUGCUCUUCGAGGCGUUAAAGUAUACAACUCAACUAUCAAAGAUUGGGGUGCUUCAGCUGCCCUUACGAACGCGAACCACCCAGCGAUGUCGUCGCUGUUUAUCGUUCGAGUGAAUAUGACGGACGGACUUCUCCCUGCAGGUCUUCAAUCCACGGACUUCCCACGGACAGUGUACGACAUUGAAAUGUGCGCGACCAAUUUGAUUGAGUUGCCCGACGAUCUGGACACCAAGUGGCCGUCCGGGGCCAUUAUCCAAGUGGAGUACAGCCAGCUACUCUCUGUUCCUCUGGCGCUUGUGAAGCUGCAGCCGUACUAUCUCGCGCUAACUGGCAAUCCGAUCACUGCGCUCCCUCCGGAGAUAUUCGAGGUCGAAGGCUUGCUGUUUCUUGGGAUAAGCGAGAUGAACAUCAACGAGCUACCGCAAAAUGUCACGCAACUAUCGUCGACGCUGACUUCGAUUUACAUUGGCGACACCUACAUCUCGUUCUUCUGGAGGUGGGCGGACGAACUCGUGGAGAGAAUGGUAACUACCCCUUGGUUUGCUGCACGUUCCACCUUUUGCAACGAGUUCGUGAACAUCCAGAAUGGAACAGCCGAUAGUUUUUCGGUUCCGCUGUCGCCCGAAUACUCGCAGAGUCUCAUGAAUUCCUCCGAGGCGAAUCUCCAUGCCAUUUGGCUUGCUGUCGACUGUGAUGAAUGGAUUGAGGGACUGUUCUACCCUAUUGACACGGAGGACAGCAUCAACGCGAUCAGCCCUGCACCAGCGUUGGUACGACCAAAGUAG